UCCAAAAUGGCGGCGUCCAGAUUUCAAGCGUUGGGCUUUAGCAGAAGAUUUCAAAGAAUUUGGAAUUCUGGUCAUCGAUUUCAAAGUAGCUUUCGUCAAGCAUUACAAGAAGAAGAAAAGCAUGCUGAAGGAACUCUUAAGAACUGGAAACGAAUUUCACUGUUUAUAGCAAUUCCAGCAACACUUACAAUAGGUUACAAGGCUUUCUUUGUUGACCAUGAAGAACAUCCAAAUCCUGACAAUUACGUUCCAUAUUCUCAUAUCAGGAUAAGGAAUAAGGCAUUCCCUUGGGGUGAYGGCGAUCAUAGUCUUUUCCAUAAUGACCAUGUCAAUUUGGGAUUUGAGAAAACUGAAGAAGGUGAAGAAGAGGAAGCAGAACUUGCACCUAAAAAAGAUCAUUGGAUCACCAAAUUGAUAGUGGAUUACCUCAUGGAUGAUCCAGAAGAAAAUAGGAAAAAGAGGAAUGAGCACAUGGCUUUAAUAAGAGAAAGAUGUGAUGAGUAUUUGGAAAAAAAGAGAAAAAAGCAAUAUCCCCCAGAACCAAUGGACUUUGAAGGUAUCAAUACAGCUACAUUAAGAGCCACUGAACUGGGCGUUGAUGGAUAUUAAAGCAUUGCUGAUGUACAUAUAUAUAAUAUUUUAUGAGUUGAUGAUGACUCCUUUCUAGUUUGUUGUGAUUGAUAAUAAUAAAAAACAAACUUUUAUUUGAAAGUCAUGUUAUCUUUGUUUGUAAAUAUUAUGUUUUCAAUAGUGCUUUCACUCCCUUGCACUCUCCACUGCAAMCCUGAGAGYCCUUUCAAAGGGUAYAUGCCYUCCCYYMUCUAUUCAUAGUUCCGACAAAUCAAGYGCGAGCGUGUGAUUAUCCAAUCAGAARAAAGAGCGGGGAUCAAACGCUCGCGGUUGUCCCACAAAUGCUUUCGAAUUUUUGUAAAUGACAGUCUUCCGAUGAUUUGUUGAUAAAAUUUCCGAUAAAAUUUCUGUUUCUUUUGUUAAAAACAUKUAAAAGUCAAUCUGAGAAAGUCCUAGAGAA